CCCCUCCCCACUAUUUUUUCUACUUUCCAUUUUCCCUUAAAUAAAAAAAGCAGUGGCCCCACAAUACUCACCUGUUCUUAGAACUAAAGGACUGGACAUAAUUUUCUUGGCACAGAUUCAAAGUUACAUUCAGAAAGAAACACUUCCUGACACUAAAUCCCAAUAAACUCAAGGAACCUUUCUUUCACGCACUUUCUUCUUCAUCUAACUGAUUGAGCAACCAUGUCAAUCCCCAUGUGCAGUGUGUCCCUGUCUUACCCUCAGGAUGCCUACAGGGCUCUGUUGAAAGGCAUUCGGGAGCUGGACCUUCAGCACUCCAGUGUUCCUUGUAACUUGGUGCUGACAGGAGAUGCCUUUCCUUUAGUGGUAAACAGCAAUGGUCACAUCCUCAUGGCUGCUUCUAUGUAUGGCCAAGGAAGAAUUGUGGUCCUUAGCCACGAGACCUACCUGACCCUCUGUCCUGCUCUGGUAGAGAAUGCUCUGACCUGGCUGGGAGGAGGGCAGUCCGUAAACCUGUCUUUGGGGGUGCAGAAAAACAUCAAGGCAGUUGCUGAUAACCUUAACAGAUCGAUGUAUCAAGUGAGCAUUGUUGAAGCUUUCAGGAAAAAUCUAGGAGUCCAUGUGUAUGUAACAGAUGCCUACCAAGUGGAUACAAUCGCAGAAGACCUAGUGCCCUUCAUGAAAGCAGGGGGAGGAGUGCUGAUUGGUGGACAAGCUUGGUGGUGGGCUUCACAGAACCCCAAACAAAACCUAAUCCUUCAGUUUCCUGGGAAUAAAGUAACAGGAGUGGCAGGGAUCUACUUUUCUGCUGAGCACGGAAAAGCAGAAAAACUGUCCCUUAACUCUGAGAUCCCAUCCUCUUGGAAAACUGUAGAUUGUGGGAUGGAUUUCAAAGAAGAUCUGGAGUUUUUGCUGAAAGGGAUUUCAGAUUUUGACAUCCAGGGAGAUGGAGUUCCCUCUGCAGCUCUGGUCCAUGGCCCGCUUGCUUUUUCCAUCUGUACCACAGAUAAGGAAAAGGCGUUCCUGGCAGGAACCUACUAUGGGCGGGGACGGGUCAUUUUGGUGACACAUGAGGUGUUUCUGCAAUACGAGAAACUGGCAUCAUUUUGGAAGAAUGCAUUUGAUUGGUUGGAUCAAGGCAGAAAAGGAGUGGUUGGAUUUGAGCCAGGUGUCAAACCCUUACCUGGCUCAGGGUUAACAUGUAAAACUACAGAGUUCAGGGAGGACCUGAGUGUGUUUGUGUGCAGAGCAUACAGUGACAUCAACGCUGAGACAAUCCAAACCUUUGUGGUCGAAGGAGGAGGCCUGCUUAUUGGUGGGCAUGCCUGGUACUGGGCGUCAACGCACAUUGGGCAAAACCCAAUGCAAGACUUCUCAGGAAACAAGAUCUUGAACAAAAUGGGCUUGAGCUUGUUGAAAGAAACUAUAAAGGCAAGUGUCUACAAAGCUCCUGAUCCAUGCCAGGUCAACAACCUCCACUACCGUCAUCUUCUGCAUCGCUUUGCUGGUCAUGUUCUAGAGGGUCGAGAACUCACCAAGCAAGAUAAAGAGCAUCUUAAGAAGCUGGGACGAGAUUGUGCCUCAUUCUUAAGCAUGAAGGCUUAUGACAGCUUGUCCUACAUGGAGAUUCUGUCCGUUCUGACUGACAUCUUGAAGAAAGAAGGCGUCCCACAGGCGAGUAAGCAGAACGCUGUGAAGAGUCCCAAAGAGCACAUGCUUCUCAGUCUGGCAACAGACGUGUACGAUGCUUCCCUAAACCAAGAGGGGCUUCUGCCCUACAUCAUCAAGGAUAACCCACCACUACCUGUGGUCAAGAACCAACGGAUCAAGAUUACUGCCCAAACAGGAGAAAACGAGGAGUGGAUCAGUACAGGCCUGUACCUCUCUCCUGGCAUGAAGAAAGAAAUGAUUUUACCACCAAAGCUUGUUAACAAGAGAUGGACGAUCCAGAUAGGCUGCCAAAGUGAUGAGUUGUAUCUAGAGGAGUUAUGGAGAGCUCCACAUGUUAUCAAGAGAUUCCCUAUUACAUCAGAGAGGAUGCAGGUGUGGAACAUGUGGGGGGGACUCAUCUACCUGCUGGCUCCACGAGACGUAAAGGUGGAAGAGGAAGAGGUCGUGGUUCAGGAAGCGGUCACUGCUCCUUUUUACAAAUCUGGUGUAACAAAAGCAGCUGAUUGGUCCUCUCUGCGCCAAGCUCCUGCACCGUGGGCAGAGAUGGAGUUUGACAACAUCAUCCUCACUGUACCGUCACACAUCAUUCGUGAACUGCCGAGCCCUCUGGAGGUGGAAAAAGUCUGGAAUGGCAUCAUGAAGGGUGUUGCAGAUCUGGCCGUCAUUCCACAAAAAUUCAUCCGCAAAGAACGUAUCGUAGCUGAUGUUCAGAUUUCUGCAGGUUGGAUGCAUUCAGGCUAUCCCGUCAUGAUGCACUCUUCUAUAGGAGCUGAGCUGUUCAACCCAAAAGAUGCCCGGACCAAAGGUCUGUGGGGGGAAACUCAUGAACUGGGACACAACCAACAGAGAAGCUACUGGGAGUUUCCACCACACACUACAGAGGCCACAUGUAACUUGUGGUCAGUGUACGUGCAUGAGGAGGUGCUGGGACUCAACAGAGAAAAGGCCCAUCCCUCCAUGACCUCAGCGAGUCGGAAGGACUGUGUAGAGACGUACGUUCGAGAAGGAAGGGAUCUCAAGAACUGGAACGUUUGGACUGCCCUGGAGACGUACCUGCAGAUCCAGGAAAGGUUUGGCUGGGCUGCCUUUAAGCGGGUGUUUGCUAACUACCAAAACAUGAGCAACUAUCCCAGGGACAACGAUGGAAAGAUGAACCUGUAUGCUGAGACUUUCUCCAAAGCUGUGAACAUGAACCUGACUGGAUUCUUCAAAGCCUGGGGAUGGCCCAUCCAACAGGCCACUGAAGAGAAACUCUCCAACCUGCCUCGCUGGACCGAUCACCCCAUGGCCCAGUAUUCCUAAAAUUCCUAUUGGACCAGGCUUAGAGUUUAGUGACCUGGUUUUAUGGAGAAUGAUAGGUUCAGUUUGCAUAUUUUUUACCAAUAUAGUGGUAAAAAAUGUUAAAUGAUUACUGAAAUAAAAAUCAUGUGUAUCAUAAUGAAAAAAUACAUUUCUUUGGGUGUCAUUUUAAAGAUGACAUUAACAAUAGGUUGUGAUGUUUUAUUGGAGAAAAUUAAAAUAUUAGAGAAACUUAAUGUUAAUGGAGAAGCUAAUUUAAACAUCCUGAGUGAUUCAGGGAGUAUAGUUAAUGAUUUAAUUGGUAAACAGAUCGUAGUCUAAAAUUAUAAAUGAAGAUGCCUAAAAACAUUUAUCUAUUUUAAGAUUAAACUUAACAUUUACUAGUCUUGGCAUCCGGUGACUCUAAAACAAUGUUUGUCUCAAGCAGUGAAAUAAAAUUUAUUUUUUUUGCAAAGUGAACAUUCUUGAAAAUAAUCUUCAGAAACCCAGUAAAAUAUCUAGAAUUUCUUUCUAUGACAAAAAAAAACAAAAAACAAACACGAGAGAGACAAAACAAGGACAAUGUGUAAAAUGGCAAAAAUAUCACAUUUUAUAUCUUCUGCUUUUCUAGAGUGUUGAGAUUUUAGGUUCUUCAAGUCAUAACUGUCUCCUCUGUCAGAUAAAUAAAAAUAUUCAUCUGUUCACUGAU